UAUACCCUUUUAGAACCGUGACAAAAAUGAGUUUCAAGCCGAUUCUUGCAGUGACAGAGGCGGUGGGCUUGUGAAAGAGAGACUGGGGGGCUAAAAUGAAAGGGUGGGUGGAUAAUAAUAAUAAUAAUAAUAAAAAAAUGCAUGCUGUUUGAUGUGUUUCCCCAUGAAGUUUUCAUAUUAGACACAAGGUUGCGUCCCCUCCCCCACUUCCCUGUCAAAGCAACUCCAAGGCGGAGUGUGUGAGACAACAAAAGCAGUGAGGGGCCCCUCAGAACUAAGCCUGGCCCCUCGCUGACUCUUUUACCGGAACAACCCCUUGCUUUACUCCCCCAGUCUCCCUCUACUCAUUUUAAAUGCAAACAACCUGAGCUACAAUCAUUUUAAUACUUUUUUUUUUUAAUAAUAUUUUGUGUAUUUUACUGAAUUGAUGAGGUAGAAGCAAUGGAUUCAUCCAGAUUGUAGCUUUUUAACCCAUAAAAAUCUGAAUUGUGUAGUUUAGGGAUAUAAAGUCGCACCAAACAUAAAGAAAAUACAUUUUUAAAUCAAAAGAUUUUUUUUUUGCCCCCGUAGGUCCCUCCAGUAUAACUGAACAAGUAUUUUGGAACACCCAGGUGUCCCAGUACUUCCGUCCAUAUCGUGCAAAGAGUCUCCUCUUUGUUUCAACUGCGUCAGUUGCAACUUUUCCAAGCGAGCGAUAACGAGCCUGCAACGCUUCAGCAACAACAUUCCCUUCCUAUGACCUGUGGGGGCUGCGUGUCACUUAAGGACAGGAAAAAUGCUACAUUAUUACAAGCAUAAAGCUGGAAAAAACAAUAAGAUAUGUCUGCUCUGCUGCCAAAAUACAAGGAAAGGAUGUCAAAAACCCCUUAAUGCGAAUAAUACAUGAAGUAUAGUUGCGUUGUGUUUAAAAUAGAUUUCUGACUGGCAACGGUGGAGUGUUCAUAAUGACUUUUAGUCUAACGCACCGAUUCGCAAACUGUGGUAUGGGUACCACUGGUGGGACAUGGGACAUUUAAAAAAAAAUAAAUAACUACAAAUAUUCACGACAUUUAAGUUUAAUUGACACACCAAUUACCUGCCAGUGCAUGCCACGUAUUUGCAGUUAAACGGCUGCGCGUAUAAUUUUUUUAAUCAUGCACACUUGGGGGCGGGGAAUGGCAGAAUCAUUUUUCCCCACUUUUCUCUUGCACACAUUACUUGCCUCUUUUUUUUUUGACGCGCCAGCAUCCUUAAUAAAUAGUUAAGAUUUAUAAUUAUCACUAGCAGAAUGAUUUUUUCUUUACUGACGUACGGCCAUCGCUGAGCCUCCACCGUCGACCUUUAACCUGGAGCUAAUCACUAGCACGCUGCCAGUUUUGGACCCCGGGUGAGGUUUUGACCCCUGGCUCUUAGCGGGGUAAGAGGUAGGGCGGGUGAGACUUAAGUGUGGCGCGAGGCCAAGAAUAGUCACCUCUUCUGACUUUUAGCAUAACAAAAGGGUGACGACUGAGGUCACCACUUUGACAAAUACUAUCCGCGGCCCUGGGCUGUUAAGAGUGCACAUAAUAGAAUUUCACAGUAUAGCCAAAAAAAAGCUGAAGAAAACAGUAUAUAGAAUAUAUAUAUAUAUAUAUAUAUACAUAUAUAUCAUAUUUAGAACCGUAUGUUUGUAUUAUAAAGGGAAGCGGUAGCUCCCUCGUGCUAAUAAAGUUGUGUGGACAGAUGCUACAUAUGUACAUAGGAUAUGAGGUGCUCCUACUGGCGAGACAUUGCCUUGUAAUGUAGAAGCCUCCUCCUCUUCACCUUGAAGAAAUCUGCAGACAAGAAAGCAACGUUUGGUAAGUUACAAGUCCAGUGACUGCAUGGAUUUGUUUGUGUAACGUUUCCACUCCUGAACCGCUGCACGCAAUGGGUGAGCAUUUGUAACGGGGUUCCCGGUGCUAUUAGUUUUCCGACAAAUACGCCACAUGGUGGCGCUGUUGUUAAGUCCCAUUAGUGAGAUUGACUUGGAAUUUCUCACACGAUUUAGUGCAUUCUAUGCUGUAAUUUUAGGGUGUUGAGACAAAUCACCGCGACAUUUGGUACACGGCUUUAGGGGACAGACGAGCGCAUGCGUGUAAAAUUUGAGCACGAUUGGUUGACAAACGUUGCAAUCAACCAAAGAGGCGGGACUUUGCAACAAGGUUAUCUGUGUUACAUGCACGCAAUCAUGGCGCCACACAUGACACAUUUUUCAUAUUACUAUUUUGGAGAAUUUACCUGUGAUGGUGGACUGUUUGCGUUUUUGCACCCUGUAGUACCCCCUUGCGGUCACCUCCAGGUACUCAUCCCCAGAUCCAGAAGAGCUGCUGGAAGCGGGGGACUCCUCGCCCGAUGAUGUCGACAACCGCCUUGGGGUCUUUGCACCGCGGAGCUGCACCACCGGCCUCACCGUGCAGCUGCGGUAAAAUCCCGGCACAUCCUGGCACUUAAGCUCCUCCCACUGCACGUUGGAGCCCGGCCCUGGAGCGUCGCUGCGGAAAUCGUAGUUCCACCGCUUGUUGGCCGCCUCCACGCUCAUGUGGAGGAGGCGCUGGAAGUCCUGACGUAGCUGCUGAUGGUCUACGGGGCCGAAGAGGUUCCUCCGCACCGGGCCCACCUUCAACGUCAGGGCCUCGAUGCCCCCCCUGCAUGCAAUCUCAGUUGACGUUGAUGCCGUGUCCAUCGCCAUGUCCCUGAUGAACACAUGCAAGGAAAGACCCCACCCAUCACACCUCCGUCAGCCUGCUUCAACCACUCUGCAGUUUAUUACCACGGCAACAGGUGUUGUCCCCCCAGUGACAUCAUAUAGGAGUCAUCCUAUAGGCCUUGGAGACAACCAACGCCCUGAGCUCCAGCGCUGUGAUGUUUGUUUGUCUCCAUGGCGUGUCCUCCUGCUGCUGCGGCCUCCUCCCGCUCCUACACCGUGGUCAUCAUCCCACUAAGGAGCAGCCUCUACAGCCUGGACGCGCUUCGAUUCUACCUGUGGAUUAAGCAUCUAAAGGAUCUAGAAAAGGAGAAAGACGCUUUGUGUUGCGGUCUGGAGAUUCUGGAGAAGGCCCGACGCUGGUACCAACAGAAGCUAGAAGAGAACAAGGCACGGAAAGAGACCAAAAGUGGGGUCCACUCCUGCCAUGAAGGUGUAGCAAAGGCCCAUUCUUGCCUGCUGAGGUCUCGCAUCCAGCGGGUGAAUGCAUCCCUGGAUUCUGUCAUGACUGAGCCCAAUGUGUCCCGCUCAGGCAGUCAUUCAUUGCUGCCUGAUGCAGCAGCACACAGCGCCCUCCGCUGGCAACACACCGUACUGACUCAGAAGGUGAGCCACAACAAUCAACGGAUCUCCAUGUUAGAAAUGGAAAAAGACGCUCUCCUUGAACAACUUUAUGAAGUUCAAGCCCACUAACUGCCAGGUGCACACGUCCCAUUGCUUGUAAAUAACUAUUUAAGGAAAUAAAUCAUAUGAAAUCACGCUUCA